GCCAUUUUUUUUACUGUGCCAAGCCAGCAGCCGUCCAAAAAUUUGACUUUUCCUAAAACCAUAAUUUUUCAGGCAUUUUCUGAAGUUUUUGUUGUGGGAAAAUCUACCAGCAUCAGAAAGAAUCAGAAGCAUCAUGGAAAAGGCUAUCGAACAAAAACUAGCGGAUGCCCGAGCGCAAAGUGACAAAAAGGACGUGAAUCCUCCUGGUGACAAAACAUCGGACGAUUCGAAGAAAGCUCCGAAUUCGACGACCAAGAAGGAUGACGGAAAGGAAUCGGGACAAAAAGCAGCGAAUGCUAGCGUAAAUAAUGACGGUAAGAAAGCUUCGUCGUCCGGAACUGCGGUGAAGAAACCAGCAAUCCAGACGGCAGCCACAGGAACGCAAUCCGGUACUAAGAAUACCGGAUCUCAAUCCGGAGCAAAUGCGAAGAAACCCGAGGGGAAGGUGACAAAUCAGAAAGCGACCAACACCGGAAAGGCACCACCUCAAAAGGCAACGGGUUCCGCUUCGAGUCCGAAAAAAGUGGCCGCUAAGCCGUCAUCGACUCCGAAAGCAUCCGAUUCAGGAUCACAAUCCAACUCGAAUACAAGCAAAGAUGGCACUAAGCCACAAUCCGGAUCAAACGUUGCGAAAAAGGUGGGAGGUGAAUCUUCGAAAGAGGUAAAGAUGGAAAGUGAUAGCGACAAGAACCGUAAAGCGGAACAAAAAGAUAAGGCGAAGGACGAUAAAUCUAAAACAGACAAGUCUAAUGGCGAUAGAGAUACAAGUUCGAAAAAUGAUGAUAAAAAGAAAGAUCCAACAGAAAAGCGAGAUGAUCCUGGUGAACGAAGAUCGCGGAGAAGAAGUAGAAGCAAAUCCAGCCGGGAAAGAUCCAGGAGUCCAAUGCUGUUCCAAAGGAAUUACCACUAUGCUCGCAGUUUUGAUCCCGAUCAUCCCCGCCGUAAGUUUGAUGAGCGGAAUUCUUCCUACAGACGCUCCCCGGAUCGUAGACGAUCUCGAACUCGAUCCCCUUUACCACCCCGGAGGAGAUCCCGAUCUCCAUAUGCAAGGCGGAGUCCCUCUCCGAGGAGGUACGAUUCGCGUCGUCGCAGUCCUCGGAGAAGAUCCCGGAACUCCCAGGACAGGACGAGAUCUCGGAGUCGAUCGCGCCGUGAUCGCAGCAGAUCCUCGGAUCGCAACCGGGAUCCCAAGGUGUUGCGGGCCAAGAAAAGCUUCCUGGACGAUUUGGCGGUGAAGUUUGCCCAAGAGGGCCGCGAGUUCCCCGAGCUAGAACAGUACCGGUGUGAAAUCAACAGCCAGUUUGUUCAGUAUCCGCAGUUUAGGAAUCAGUUCUCCAUUAAUGCCGUGGAGCAUCCCUGUGAUCCCCCAUACAUGGACAUGGAUGGGUGUCCUCCGGGCGAUCCGAUGGGCACUCAAAUUGUGUUGGCAGAUCCUUACAACGCGUAUCCGCUGUACGCGGAAGCACAGCCCAUCGUGUCCUAUCCAAUGCUGGGCGAGCAGCUCGCGUUGCAAUCGCCGGCAUUGGAUAGUCCGCAGGCGUCCCAGGAAGCGCAGUUUCAACAGGAUAAAAUCAAUGGCGCUAAUUCAGGGGACAGAUCUAGAAGCACAGGGUCGCAACCUUCCGUACCGACAGAAAUCUGGACUAAACAGGAAGUGAAACUCCGUAUCAAACAGGCAAUUAAACUGUUGGAAGAUGCCGACAGUGGAAAGACUAAACCUGCCAAAUUCUUGUACCGUGCGCCAACCUUCCACGGCAAAGGGAUUAAUGAGGGUCGAUCGCCAGUUUUGAAAAGCGACAAAAAUCCGACUUAUGCAUUCAGUUGCCGCUUUUCCGAAACCAGCGAUCCAUUUGGAAACGUUCCUCGUACGCUGAAACCCAUCAUUGAUGUGCUGCGCAUGGACGAGGGACACAUAUCGUACCGGAUACUUCAACGCCACAAUCUGAAGCAACAGGCGGUGAUCACGGAGAGGGAUAACCUUGCUCGACGACAGCAAGGAGCAACGACAUCCAAUACUGGUACUGGCUCAUCCCUUCAGAAGACCACCCAAACGGAUCCGACUGUAUGCACCGAUUGCUUAUUGCGCAAAAUAAAGGUCCGAUAUAAUGGUGAAACUCAAACCGAUAUUGUUCGUACUGUCGAUUCAGUUGCACAAACCAAUCCGAUGCCUGUGCAAGCUGUUUCGGAAUUCGGCUCAAUAACCGAACUCACGCCAAAUCAAGUGCGUGCGGUUAGUGAAUUGAUAAAAUACAUAAAAUUAACUGUAACCAGUGGUACGGUAACCGAAAUGCGCGAUUCUCUUAGGGACGAUCAGGUUUACAAUCUAAAUAGUGAUCUCCGAACGGCAUAUAACUACUUUGACGCGAUGGUUGAACACAAGAACUCAACUGUCCCAUCAAACAAUGAACGCGAGGUAGGGAAUGUGCCGUUUGAUAAGACAGACGAUUACACUGACCCGGACACGUUUAUCGAGGAUGAAAAUUUCACCAACGAAUACGAAGAAAUUCACAAGAAUUUUUGCGACGACGAGUUCGCUGAAGGCGAGGAACUGGAAUCGUACAGCAAUCCGCUGCUCCAAAGCCAACAAACGAGUUCACACCGAAACAUGGACACCAGAGACAGCUAUGGGCGGAACACCGGCAGCUCGUUCGGCAGGAUGGGAGGAAAUCCCGGAGGACCUAGUACAAGCGCGUUCCGUCAGCAGCAACACCGGCCAGGCGACAGACGAGAAGCGACCAAGGGACCCCAAUUUGUUCCAUUUAAUAGAAGGAAUUAUUGAGUUAAGCGCAAUGUUAAGCUAAGAAUGUGAAUAUCCUGAUAAUCUGGGUAGUGCAAAGCUUUUUGUUCUACAGCAAUGUAAACCUAUUGUAUCUGGAAAUGAAUACAUGAAUAAACUUCUUUCGAUGUGCUACAACUA